GAAAGAAAAACUUGGCACCGCCUGUCAGAUUCUCAGUAGAUCCCAGCAGUUUAUCACAUCGCCGCAUCUAACCCUAAACUGUCUGUAAGUGGUUCAGCCGGGCGGAGUGUUUACUGAGGCUGCAGAGCUGCACUGUGGACUUUACGCACAGGGAGUUGGUUGGCUGCUGAUGCUGGGGAGAUAAAAAAUAAAAAUACACCUUUUAUCUCCCAUCUUCUCUUAUCGCCAUCUCUCCUUUCCUCCACUUCUUCGCAACUGAGUCGACACCGGUGGCUUAUUGGACGCGCUGGAUGGCUGCUGCACUCAGCGAACCGGCGUGAAUCUUUCUAUCUUCAUCAUCAUCUUUCUCUGCCUUGGAGCCCGAAAACAAACCAGCAACUGCAGCAACAAUGACAGACCCGUCAACCCAGGAGUCCUACCCUGUCCCAGACCCGACUAUCGUGGGUCCAUGCCCGGCCACAGUGCGGAACGGCCAGUGCGCCCCGGAUGGCUUCACCAACAACCACCAUCAGCAAGCCAAAACCUCCAGCCAGCCCGAGGCGUUAAACACGGGCCAUGAGAUGAAAAUCACAGACAGUGUGGAGGGAGAAGGUCUUCUUGAGAGCAGCAUGCGCCUGAAACCCCACGAGGCUCAGAGCUACAGAAAGAAGGCUCUAUGGGUGUCCUGGGUCUCCAUUGUGGUCACUCUCAUACUGGCUGUGGCAGCUUUCACUGUAUCAUUCAUGAGACACAGCGCAUCAGCCUUUGGAUUUGCCUUUGAUGCCACGCUGGACGUUGUAUCAUCAUUCAUUGUCAUCUGGCGCUACAGCAAUGCAGCAGCUGUGCACUCUGCGCACAGAGAGUAUAUAGCAUGUGUCGUUCUAGGAGUUUUGUUCGUCCUCUCCUCCCUGUGCAUCCUGGGAAAGGCCAUCCAUAACUUGGCAACGAGGAUGCCACCAGAAGUGGAUGACUUCCUGUACAGUGUGUCUAUAGUGAGCGGGUUCACGUGUUCGCUGCUGGCUGUAGUCAAGUUCUGGCUAGGGAGAGUGCUAACUAGCCGUGCACUCAUCACUGACGGGUUUAACUCUCUGGUAGGAGCUAUUAUGGGAUUUUCCAUUCUGAUCAGCGCUGAAGUCUUCAAGCAUGAUACUGACGUCUGGUUUCUGGAUGGUACAAUUGGAGUUCUUAUCGGACUCACCAUUUUGGCAUAUGGUGUCAAACUCCUGAGAGAUAUGGUGCCCCGUGUGAGGCAGACAAGGAACUACGAACGUUUUGAGUGAGAGACUCAAAGCGGAUUCACAUCCACAUCCACACCUGGCUGCCUCCUAUAUCUGCCCUCUUUCUCUCUGUCUUUCAUGCACACUACAAUACAAAUUUCACCUGCACAUGCAAUACAUGCUGAUGUUCCCAUGUGCUGUAUAUACUGUACAUAGUACAUGCAUACAUUCAGACAGUAACAAACACACUUGCAAGCAAGCACAAACACAGACAUUGGAAAGACUUUUAAGGGAAAAGAACAUGAUGGAGACCAACUUAUGGAAAGAAAACUAUUUCACUUUUGUUCAUGAAUCCACACAUUUAAACAUUUAAAGUAAGGAAAAAGACUGAGAUACCUGUCAAUCAAUAGGAGAUUUUUAUGGGUUCAUACAGGACAUUAAGUAUUCACUUUUUAGAUUACAGUAACCCCAUCAUUCAGAUCUAAACUGCUAGAGAUUACAGUAAAUUGUUUUGUCUAUGCGCUGUCAUCAGGACAAGAGUAAUGUGUAUCAAUAUAAAAUGUAUCGAUUGGUGAACAUUCCACUCAAAGGUCAAAUAUUAUGUAAAAUACACUUAAACAUUUUUUUACAACACUAAUAUGUGUCCCUAGUCCGUCUACAAACCCUCCAGUUAUGAAAAACAUCCAUCCUCUCAGUCUUUUACCUGCUCCACUUUCAGAAAAUGUUUGCUCAAACAGGUUGUUUGGGGAUUUUCCCUUAAUGACAUCACAAAGGGCAUUAACCCCUCCCCCAUGUGGGUGACACUCCCACAGCUGGGUGUUUGUUCUGCCCUCUGAGUCGGCCUUCUCAUCGCAAACAAUCGGACAUGGUGCAAGAAAGCCCAAGCAACCCAACCCCUUCCAGAGGGAUGUGAUCAGACACAGCUCACUUGCAUUUAAGGCUAUGGACACAUAAACAGCCUGUUCUGAGCAGGGCUGAAAUAGAGGGGUUUAUAGGCAUGAUAAAAUACAGUAUCAGAAUGGAUUCAUAACAAGAAACUACACAGACAUGUUUUGGGGAGUUAUGAGACUUGUUUAAGUUUUUUGAAAAGGAGGAUCAUAUGUGACCUUUAAAUGAGACCUCCACACAAAAUACAACAUGCUUUCUUACUUGCAUUACAUAGAAAAAUAUAAAAGUUUCAAUCUUUAAGCAUUGCUUUGGCUCUUAAGGUAAUCAUCUAAUUUAUUUCUCCAAAUUGAAGCCUGCAACUAUUUUUUUUUUUUUUUGUUUUAUCAGUAAAUGUAUCUCUUCUUAAAACCUCACCAGCCUCCUCUUUACAAAGCAACCACUUUUAUGGCCACUUUUAUAUAUAGAGAGAGAGAUACAGAGAGAGAGAGAGGACCAUAAAAGCAGUACUAUGUCAAUAAACACAGCGAGGUCAGUCUCGAUAUGGAAACUCUACAAACAAAAGGUAGCAGCAAUAUAGAGGUCAGGAGGCAUUGAGGACUCCCAUUUGAUAUACAGUAGCUAUAAAAUAAAGUGCAGAGCUUACAUUACAUUGCAUAGGCUACUUUAUGUAAUGUAUCCAAGCACAAAUUAGCAGAUUUGUUGCUGACAGUUAAGCACAGGGCAGUUUUUAUUUUGACACGGCAAAUAUUUCACGUCAUUUGCAGGUAUUAGGCCUUUCGUUAGUGCUGUAUCUGCUUUUACAUAUGAUUCAUUGCCAUAUAUUGUUGAUAUCUUUUGAAAUGUUUACACAUACACAUCGUUUAGUCUGUUAUUUUCUGAUAUCCAUUCAGAAUCUGUUGUUUUAUACUUGAAACACUGUUUUACAAAUGAAAGUUUAAGCAGAAUAUACAAAUAGUGAUCAAAUGUAGUGCUGCAUAAGGGCGGGAUGGAGGAAAAAACAUCAAUAUUUAUUUUGUGUCUUUUUCGUUACAACUUUUUAGGUUAAUGUCAUAAUUUGAUGUUAAAGAAGUAAACUGUGCGGGAUGGCUUCCUGUGCAAUUUGCUAUUAUCCUGUAAUUAAUAAUUGUCAAAUUUUUCUAAGUCUAGAUCAGGUAUUUAUUAUUCUUUAUGAACACUGUUUUAUUCCAUUUUUCCUCAUUAUGACUGCAAAGCUUCCAAAUCAAACAUGAAACAAAGCACAAUGACAGAGGAAACUGACGAUAGGAAGUUCAUCUCCACUGUAUAUCAUUUGAAGUGAUUCUGCCCAUCUGCUUAUCAUCACCCAUUUGUUCUGCAUGUAUUCAGUUGUUAUCAUUUACCAUUACAGUAUGUGCAAUGAACAGAUUGUAAAUACGAUCCACACAGUCUGUAAAUAUGUUUAUUCAAUGUUUGGGUAGUAACAAAAAGUCACAAAUAUAGUCAUAGUACUUUAUGGCCAACAUAACAGGCUUUUUGGAGUAGACAGCUUAUAGUUCAAGUAUGGAUGACCAAUGUUGCAUAUACUUAAAUAUGUUUAAUGUAUAGUGAUUAUACUGUACAUGUUGUUUUGCAUAUUACUGUAGAUUAUUGGUGAAAUGAAAUGACAAGUCUUACUGUAAGUUUUUUGCACUGUAAGUGAAACCCUCAGACUGGAUGUAGGUGUCACCAGAUGGCACUGUCCAAGGCUGGUUUUAUCGCUGGUUUGAAUACCAGCAAUAAUACUGCUUAACAAAUGAAGACUUCACAUGUUGAAAACAAGAAAGAAAAACAUAUUGGACACGAUAUAUCUGUGAGCACCAACCUAACAUUUUCAACAAAUAAAUCCCCUGUAAAAAGUCAAUAUCAGUUAAAAGUGUAUUCUACAGUUUAAAAUAUAAUUAUUACUUCAUCAUGCUGUCAAACACCUGUUUUAUUUGGCACUACUUUUCCCCUCUACAUUCGUAUGCGCACUGUAUCAUGUCAAAAUGUUUUGGUCUUCCGCAUAGAUGACUCAAAAAUUGAAUGAUUAACGACUUAUUUUUGUGUCAUUAAUCAGGCUAGCGUCUCCAAACAUGGGCAGGGCAAUAUGUGUUGAAAAGUACCUCAUCAAACCUCACUUCAAAAAGGCUGAAAUAACCUUUUAUGAGGCUUAAAUUGUAACUCUAACCUCAAAAUGAGCUGUUGGAUUUGUGAAACUGAGCUAAGUUUAUUGAUUUAAAAUUCAUGUAAAUGUAUUAACUUAAAAUACCUUGAUGUGAAUAAUUUGUAGAAGCACUUUUAUACAAGAGAUACUGAAGUUAAACCAAAAUGUUCACUGUCUUAAGUGAGAUGGACUGUGGAUUCAGAAUGCCUGAGAGCCCCCUUGUGGUGGAAGGAGGCUACAUGACAGCCGUUUUAAAAAGCCUUCAGUGCCCUGGAUCCACUGAGAGAGUCUAAAUAUAGCCCAGGCUUACAGACAGAAACAGAGCCUUGGAUAGUGACUGAAGGGGCCUUACAUCCUCUGCACACUGUAAUUAUCAACUCUGGGUCGACAUACUGGACAAGUAGCAAAAAUAAUUGGUGUUAUCUUUAGUUGCAUUGUGUAAAGAAUAAGGAUUAGCUAUUAAUUGAAGGCGUGAAUCAGCUCACACCACUUCAGCUCACCAACAGCACACUGAUAUGUAAUGUUUCCCUAACCCCCCUUUCUCUGAUGCAUAGAAGACAAUCUUUACAACGACUUUUACUAGCAAAGCACAGUGUUUGAAUGCGUGUUUAAACCACAUAAGGCACAGAACGAACAAUAAUAACUCAGUCUUAGUAACGGUAUGCUUUGCUACAUAGUUGCUUAUGUUGUGUUUGGAUAAACUGGGGAAAAGUUUGAUCUUGGAAACAAAAUCAUUACUACCUCUUCAAUGCACCUUGUUUUAUCUUCACACCACUUUUUCUGUGCACAUUUAUGCUUUGAAAAACGACAAUGCCAGGUGCUGUAAUUGCUGCCCUGGCUCUCUUAAACUCCUUAGUAAUAAGUUAUCUUUGAAGCUGAUUCAUUGCCUGUAAAUCCCAGGUAUGUGAAGCAGCUGAAUUCCAAAAUGUUAGUCGAAAUUUCCCAUUAUUCGCUGAUCACAAAAGUUUCAGUUCAUUUGUAUAGAUUGUGAUUUACACUGUCUGAUUACAUUUUCCACUUCUCGCUACAUCCAUUGAAAACUUUAAGAGGUUUGUGGAAAAAAAAGGAACUCUGAACAUGUUUAAGUUUGCACAAACACAACACCUCUUUUCAUCUUAGAGGUGUUAUAUUCUCUUUGUUACAUUACAUUUGAGUAUACUGUUCAUUUAACUAGGCCGGAAACAUUUCUGCAGCUUCAUACAACUGUGCCAAAACAUUGACGAACAUUUGUCCACUUUCAUGGACGUGUGUAUCAUCCAGUUGUAUCUGUAUCGAGUGAAAAAUGACUUCUCGUUCUUGCCCCAGAAGUGGCAUCGAACCAUUAUUCUUAAUUUCAAGAAUUAUGACAGCAAUACUAACCUCUUCUUGAUUGCUAUAAAUUUUGCAUGGACAUAAGAAAACCCUAACAGCUUCAGUGCUUACAAAUGCAUUGCAGCCUGCCACACACAAACAUGCACACACAGACAAAACAUACAUACAUGGUAAGACACAAGUGAUUUCCAACAAAUCUGACUGUGUAACAGAUUGUUUAUUUGUCUGUUUGUACAGUAAUGACAUCAGUGGUAUUACAGAUGGUGUAAACAUCAUUUAUUUGUGUAAAAGAAAACUAUCUCUCUUUGUCAAAGAGCAAAGUUUUAUUGAUUAAUAAAGUUUUAUCCUGCUUCUUCAUCAACAA